UUAAAUCCCUACUAUCCCUAGCUCGCUCACGCCGACCGACUCCCCCCUCCCUCCGCCGAUCUCAGCCAUUCCCCUCCUUCGAGCGACCCCAAAUCCGUUCCUCCGCCGCAUCUCCUUCCCCUCCUCCCCCUCUCCGUUGGCCUCCUCUCUGUGGAUAUCUCCCGCCUCCUCCGCCGCAGAGAUGUUCUGGAUCUUUAAAUCCGUGCUUGCCACCGCCAUCCACACCGGCAGAGCCUGAGGUAGCCUUCCCAAUCUUUUCGUGCUCGCCGCUCGGGAUCGCCCUCCGCCCUCAUAUCCUACCGCUCCGCCGCGCGGGAUCGCUCUCGCCUCCCUUCUCCUCCAACCCCUUGCGCGGCUCAGGGUUUAGGGUUCUAAUAGUUUCAUCUCCUUGAAAGGCAAGAACAUGAGAUGCAAAAAAAUUUCAGGGAUGUGUGCAGCAACUCUUUUUUUUCAGUCAUCCCUUAAACGCAUUAUUGGUGUGACAGCCUCCCAUUAAACUGUUAUUCUCCAUCGGUGGACCAGUAAUUUAGCAAUCUGUUGAGCAGUAAAAGGGUGAACCACUGUUACAAUAUUUUCAUUAUUUUAUCGCUAAUGUUAUGAUGAUCAUCAUUACGGAGAAAAAGGACAAAUCAACAAAAAUGAAGUCGAAUUGUAUGUAUGCUCUUUCCCUUGGCUCGUGCUCAGGAUGAUUCCAAUAAGGGACCCUCUCUAAGGCCCUAGUUUUCUUCAUAUGUCUAGAUGGACUUGAUCUCAAUUUUUGCAAAUCAUCACAGCACAGGACACCUGUCUGAGAUAUAUGAAAAUGCUAGAUUGCUUGCUUCUAAAUCAAGUUUAAUGGGUUUCCUUAUUCUUCUUGGUAUAGGCUGUCCUCCUUAACCGCGCCUUCUCCGGCAUCGCCCCCGUCACCGAUACUUCCAGCAUAUAUGAAAGACUUCCUCAGCAUAAAUGCAUUCCUUGCAUGCAUAAAAUUAAGCUUCAAUUGGGAUUGCUGGUGGAAAGAAAUCUUCGAAUUAUUGCUGGAAGAUUUGGGUUGAAGGGGAUUGUUCUGUUUAGUUUCCAAAUGUCCUGGUCAGCUAUGUUUCAUGUUCCUAGAUGCAGUGAGUAUAAGAGUUUCAAAUGAAUUGGGUGCUGGAAACCCACAAGCUGCAUGCUUAUCAGUGUAUGCUGCACUUAUCAUGGCUAUCACAGAGGGUUUGAUGGUAGCUUUGAUCACCAUUCUAGUACGCCAUGUCUGGGGCUACUUAUAUAGCAAUGAAGAAGAAGUAGCAAAAUAUAUAUCAAUAAUGAUGCCAAUUCUUGCAGCCUCUGACUUUAUGGAUGGAAUACAAUGCACACUAUCAGGUGCUGCUAGAGGAUGUGGCAUGCAGAAGAUAUGUUCUUUAGUCAAUCUUGGAGCUUAUUAUGUUGUCGGUAUUCCUUCUGCUAUCCUAUUUGCUUUUGUCUUGCAUGUUGGUGGCCAGGGACUUUGGAUGGGAAUCAUAUGUGCGCUGAUUGUACAAGUUUCGAUUCUUGUUGUCAUGAUGCUUUGUAUCAAUUGGAAUCAAGAAGCAAGGAAGGCCAAGGACAGAGCUCACAACUUUGCUAUUGCUGCAGAAGCUAUAUGAUGAUACUUGACAGUCUGGUCUCUUAGCAUUCCUUUCAAUUAAUCUCUCAUGGAUGCAGAGGUGAUUUUUGAAGAUUCAUUUUGGAAAUAUCGAGACUUGAAGAUAUGAAACAUAUGCCUUUUCUCUACCUAUCUCCUAUACGACCUUUCUUUAAUUCAAGGGAAAAGCCAGUGCUUCAUGGGAUGGUUCCGCACAUGCUGCAAUUACUAGAACUGAGAAUUUUGAUAACAGCUCCAAGUUAUAGCUGCAGUCUGAAAGUGUGCAUAAGGUCCUUUCAUUCUGAGUCUUGACAACUAUAGACUGAAUCCACGAAUAGUUGCAUCUCUUGGCACUACUGGAGGGAGUCAUGGGCGCAGGUGCAAGUAAAGAAAAACUAGAAUUACAAUUCUGUAAAGAAAGAUUUCAGUUAUUUAAUUUGCUAUUUUAUGAACUGGAAAUAAAUGCUUGCAAAACUUGUUGAAGUUUCUCUCAAAGUCGGUAGCUUUGACGCGA